GUCUGACACUUUAUUUGCAAAAGUGCAGCAGUUUCCCUAUGGACGAUUUUUCCGGUUUUACUUCUACGCUGCUGCUCUCCUUCUGCCAUGCUAUGCUUACCUAGGCAAACUCACUAAGGCACCAGCAAAUGUGAAAAAGUGGGAGGAGAUUAGAGCCAAGAGACGCUACACAUACUUCGACCUGCCUCAUGACUAG